ACAAGGACGAGAAAGCUUAUUUCCUGUGCAACUUCCUUCAAAGAUCCAAGCGCCAUUGGUUCCAAUUAUUAACAGACGAUUUAUUCAUCUCUAUGUGAUCUCUCAGACUGAUAGUUUGAAUCCGACUGGUGUCUUUAGUCACUCAUCAUGAUGCGUUACUGGGGUGAGAUCCCGGGACCUGCGGGGGCUCCUCCCAGUCGCAGCUCCUUUGACCUGCUCCAGCGCGAGUUUCGCUCAGUGGAGAUGCAGGACCCUCCCCUGCACCAGCCCUCUGCCCAGCGUCCGCGGCCCACCACGAUGCUGGACAUCCCCUCAGAGCCCUGCAGCCUCACCAUCCACACAGUGCAGCUGUGUCAGCACGUCCGUCGCCUCCGUGGCCUCUUGGCAGCGGCCCAAGCCCAGGCUCAGGGUCAGAGCUCAGUGUCCUCUGAGGGUGGCAGCAGGCUGGAGGAGGCCGAUACCAAUCUGCCCCUGCAUCCUCCCACCCCACCUGCCAUGCCAGAUGACUUGCUACCUGCGGACAGCAAAGCCCCUCGGCAGCCCUUCCAGCUCCGCCACAGUGACCCUGAAAGUGACUUCUAUAAGGGUAAAGGCGAGCCUGUCACAGAGCUGAGUUGGCCCUCCUGCAGGCAGCUCCUCUAUCAGUCAGUGGCCACCGUCUUGGCCCAUGCUGGCUUUGAGUCAGCCCAGGAGAGCGUGCUGGAGACCCUGACCGACGUGGUCCAUGAGCAUUACCUGCGCCUCACCCGCCUUCUGCGGGUGGCGGUGGACCGGGAGGCUCGGCUCGGAGCCAGUCCCUUCCCAGACGUGGUGGAGCAAGUGUUUCAUGAGGUGGGCAUCGGCAGCGUGCUGGCCCUGCAGCGCUUCUGGCAAGUGCGGAUCAAGGACUACCACAGCUACAUGCUGCAGGUGAGUAAGGAUCUGUCUGUGGAAUAUGAGCGACUGGUGAACCCAGAGAAGGCCCUGGAGGACUCCAAGCCCCUGAGGAUUAAGGAGGAGCCCAUGAGUGACAUCUCCUUCCCUGUUAGUGAGGAGCCUGAGGCCGACCUGGCCUCUGGGGACCAAGCUCUGCCCAUGGGGGUCCUCGGGGCCCACGGCGAGAGGCUAGCUUCAGGCCUGGACGGUGACCAUUCUCCUCACACCUCAGGUGGGGCCAACAACUCCCCGUUGUGGCCACAGGUAAAAAUUGAACCGCAGGAUGGCGAGGACGCCCAGGGGGCCGGCCAUCAUCAUCACCACCACCACCACGGUGUCCUGGGCGGGGAUGUGUUCGAGGAUGGGGGGCCCAUGUCCACCAUGAGCGAGUCAGGAGGAGACAUGGCGCCUUCUCCCGGAGGCGCGGCGUCAGAUGGCAGCUUCACUUCGCAUUCGCCCGACUCCCUGAUGGGCACCUCGCCCGUCUUCAACCAAAGACCUAAGAAACGGGCGAAGAAGAUGUGAGGAUGCAUUUGCGGAUGCAAGACAUUCUGAGAAGUGGAAUCUGAACUCACCCGCAAGUCUUCCACGUUUAGUUAUGUUGCAAUGAAAAAACACCAGUCUGACAGAAAGAUGUAGUGGUGAAACACACCAGCUGCUCAGCGUAGGACUCAUCAGUGGCUGCUGAGACUGCGGCCACUGCAUAGACUGACUGAGACAUUAAUGUUAUGAACAAACUGAUUUGGGGGGGAAGUAAUAUUUUGUACUUUUUCAUGUUUGUUAUGAUUAUAAUUUCUCUCAAAAUAGCUGAAUAUAUUGAUAGGGUUUAUUGUCAAAAGAAUAAACAUCUUUUAAAGCA